AUGGGUUGCGAGCGGCUAUGUGUAUACGCAGAUUCCGAACAUAAAACGAAUAACAUUUAUUACAUACAUGACGAAGAAGUACUUUCUGCUGUUGAGAAUAUCAAAAAACAUGCAUUGGUUUCAAGAAAGCCCGAAAAAAUCAAUGAAUUUGUCGAUGAAUUGUUUAAGCAAAGAGCUUACUGGAUAAGACAAUACACCGAUAAGUUUCCUCAUAUGGGCAAUUAUACAACCAGUCCUGCGGAAGCUGCACAUAGUGCACUUAAAGGAAACAAUAGGGCUAUUGUUAAGUGCACUAUGCCUAAGACAUUUGUGCAGCUUGAUAUGGUUCUCAAAAACCAAAAGGUCAAAAGCAACAUGGACAAAUGCUUUUCGAAGAUUUCGUGUGAUCCAUCAUUGAUUGGAAAUCCAAUGUACGCAAAAAUCCUCAAGGUUGUCAGCGCUUACGCCAUUAAAAAGAUAAGGGAGCAAGUAAAUCUUUUUUACGAUGAGAUGAAGAAGAAUAACUUAAGGCCAUGCACUGGUGUCUUCAAAAGUACCAUGAAACUUCCGUGCAGACACACGAUUUUUGACGAAGAAUACAAAAAAAUUAUAGAAGGUGGCAGUGGCAAUGUAUCAAAUACACAAGCCAGAUCAGACAUUUUUGUUUUGCUUUCUUCGGUUGACAUAAGAUGGCAUAUCAAUAAGGGGAAUGCUGAUAAACAAAUCGCACCCACAGCCGCAACCGAAAGUACAGACAUGUAUGCAGAUGCAACCGAGACGGAGAUAACUAUCUUCAAAUUAAAGACGGCAUUAGAUUCAAUUAAAUUCAAGCAUGUCAAGGACGAGAAGCUUGAUUUAAUUCGUAAUUUGACGUCGGACUUGGUCAAGCUUCAAGACAUUGAGAUUAUCCAGCCUCCUCAAAAAAAAACGAAGGACUCAAACUUGCCAUCCAGUCAAAAAGUGGCCAAAUCAGGACGGAUGCUGUCUCAAGGCGAAGCAGUGGAUGUCGAUGUCCACAAAGAAGCGAAAAUUAAAAAGCUGCAACAAAAGAAGGCUUUGCCAAAACCCGUUUUGACAAGUCAAAUGCUGGAAAAGGGCGCCAGUCUCCAGGGCAAAGAAGUUACCAAGCCCCACCAUCAUGUCCUUCAAGCUUGUAUGCCCAAGUUCAUGAUCGGUCAUGUUGCUUUGGUGACAGAUGUUGAUGGAGAUGGAAACUGCGGCUUCCGAACCAUAGCUGCAUCAGUUGGAAAAGAAGUUGUUCUAAGAACAGCAAUUUCUGUUGGUGUUGAAGUCAAUGAUAACUAUGAAAGAGAUGAAGAUUUCUACAUGUAUGUUAGAAAAUCUCUGUAUAAUCAUCUAAUCAGCAACAAAAAGCACUACCUUUCGUACAUUUUUGCUGAUUGUUUCAUGGAGUAUGAAGAAUUAUUAAAACGUAUUCACUUAUCGUAUAGAGGUGGUUGUGAAAUCAGCAAUUGGAUGAUCAUGAACUCCACAGCAGCAACCGCAAAAACAGCACCAUUAAAAACAACUGCUCGACUUGUUUCCGAUACGAUUCUAUGCAAGCCCAAACGUGUAGUCUUGCCCCCUCUUCCUCCACAGUCACCCUUUAUUUUGAAAACCUUGGAAAAAAUGCGUAACCUAGCUACGCCUGCAAUCACAACGCUUUCCUGCUUCAAGUGCCAAAAGCACAUUUUCCAAGACGGUGACCAGGAUACGUCUAUGUUCAAAGAAUACACUGAAAUCGACAUCUUAACAAAGGAGCUUGAUAAAAAAAAAGUAAAUGCGGAAAACAACCGCUACGAAAGAAAAUACAAAAAACUUAAAGGUGAAUGGCACAAAUUAAACAAUAAGCUUAACCCAAGAUUAGAUGAAUUCUGCAAGUCCCAUAAAAUCCAGGAAUUUCUGCCAACAAUUACCAAGUACAACUGUCUAAGUGUUGAUUUUGAAUCACUUAAACGUCGCGCCUUCGAGUUGGUCAAUAGUGGAAUUGUCCAGAAACUAGUUUCGGGGGAAAUCAAAAGUAUAUUUAAAUCUAAAGCUGGUCAAGAUAACUCCGGAACGCAAGCCAAGCUUAAACACUUUGUCCACUUUGAACAAAACAAAAAACAGAUCAUGCCUGGGUAUUAUGGCCCGAAAGGCUUUGAGGUCAUUGGUCAUGCGGCACUUCGUCGAUUUAACCAGGAUGAGUACAAAAAUUCUGAAGUCAAGAAAUCAACCUCUUUCAGACACCACGAAUUUCUUACAAUUAUUGUCAAUCCCGAAAUCGCUUGUCGAAUAAUCGCUGAAGAUCAAGGUGUGUCACUCGAAGAUGCUGCCAAAAUUAUGAUUGAAACUUAUGAAAUUGGUUCACUUUUAAACCCUUUCGACUUCACAGCCGAUUUUGAAGAAGAUUAG